GCGGGACACGCAGCGUACAUAUACAUACAUCCUCAACAGCAUAUAUAAGCCCCCUUCUCGCAUAGAACCACCCCCCUCGUCACUCGACCACGUCGACACACAUCUGCCCUCGUCUUUUCUCUCGUAAUCUCGUCUCUAUUUACCUUUUGUCACUUUCCAUCCGCAACCCUUCGUCCCCUCCGCCUCUUGCGAACGUCGCACUCCUCUAUAGCAAUGCCAAUUUCACGCGCAACAUCUUCUACCGACAAGACCCAAGAGGCUCGAACUUUCGUCGCCCUCGACCUCUUCCGCUCUUACUCUGAACCACCACGUACGACCUACCCCCUCAUCCUUCACCCUACUGCUUCCACUGCUCCCCGCCUCGUACUUGAGACGCCAUGGACCCGUUCGACUAUAGCAGCAGAAGACGAAUUGGCGUGGCUGCCUGGUGCAUGGGGCUCAGACCUCGACCCGGAUGAGAUAUUCGAUAUGGAUAUGGAUUUCGAAGAAUCUAUGUUUGAAAACGACGACGAGCCCGAGCUCGACCCGCACUUGCAGCAUCUAGGCCUGGGUCCAAGGGCAGAGUAUCUUGACUUGGACCUCACGCCCUCGCACGAUAUGCUCGUCACACCAAAAUUCAGCAACCAACUCCCCGUGCCUCUUUCUCCGCCUCUCACCUCCACCACCGCGUCGAGUACCUACAUCACGCCUCUGCGCACUUCCUACCCUCUGCCUAUGGUCGAACAUGGGAAUGUAAAGGGAAAGGGAUUCGGGGACUUCCGUAUGGAGCAAGAACCAGAAUCCCUUGAGGAGCUCGACGAAGAGGAAGAGGGUGAGGGGAGGUUUGAGCAGAUGAGGGCAUCAUGGGCGAGCGACGCGAGUCGAGCAUCCAGCUUUGCUUCUUCCAUCUGCAGCUGGGCGGCUUCUGCCUACUCUUCCUCCGGCUCAUUCGGGACUUUGGAGCAGUCGGACUCGCCAUUGAGUUUGGCAUCCUCGCUAUCUUCUCUCCGAAUCCAAACUGGUCCCAUCCGCACCUUCCCUUCACCCAGGCAGACCCGGCAGUCCGCGCGUUCUGGCAGCGCAGCGUCUCUCGCUUCUUCUUUGGCCUCUUUACGAAACGAGGCCGAAGAUGAAAUGGAGGGGAAAGAAGAUGUGACAUCCGGUCUCGUCAAAUAUGCUCUCGACAGCUUUUCCGCCCGUCCCAUUCGUCGUACUGGGGCAGGCGUAUUGACAGGUGCAGGAUACGCGUUCGAAGGCAUCUCUCCCCAAACGGCCGGUGAUUUCCUGCCCCAGGGUCUACCCCAGAAGAGCGCGGAGAAGGCAGAGAAGGCAGAGCCGAGGAUAGGUACAUUCUUCCCCGGCUCUCGGCGCCCGACAAUGGUAACGGCGCAAGUGUGAUCCUGAAGAAGAGGAGAUGGGACCAAUUUACAUAGAGACAAACGACGUUUACAAGACAAGCACGAUUUCAUAAAUCUAGUUGUACAGUAGUAUAUAUAAGAAACGAACGCCUUCAAUCCAUAAACUAAUCAGUGGUGUAUCAAAUAGUUAGAUAGUCACGCUCCAUCAAUGCAGUAAUGUAUUUCAAG